CGCUCAGCAGCCUGAUAAUGGAAACCCUACCCGGGCUGGGAAUCUAAAGAGGUUAAUUCGACUGACUCCUCCCAGCGUUGCUAUUUUUUCGCAUUGAUAGUCACACCACUUGUGAGUCGCCUUAUAAGUGAGAGAGCUGCUCGGGAGCGCCGGACAACCUCCAGGAGCUGUCUCCGUUACGCAUGGUGCUGAAAGUGCCACUCGCCGCAUCAUGUGGUCGGUCUUCUUUGUCUUUCUGUCUUAUCUUGACAGAAACUUCGUUAAGGGCGACUUCCUGAGUCGAGCUUUGGACGCAGAGAAGGAGAGCAAAGAGAUGUUCUCCAUGCUCAACGGCACCUUUUGUGCCAAAAUGUCAACCGUGCGGGAGAGCUUCCUCUACCAGGUGUCAGACGGAGCCGAGGUGGUGCGAUCCGUCAUCAGCCCCGCCGGGAUGUUUGGAAACUGUUCGGUCACAGCGAACCAGAUGCAGGUGAAGUCGUUCAUGCACGAGUGCAGGUUGGGACUGAAAGAACACAGAGCCGACCGACAGCUGGAGACGCGUUUUGUGCGCACGGAUGAAGCCAAGCUGAUGUGCCGGGAGUUUAAAGAGAGGUCGGAGCGCAGAGGCAAGGUGGUAAAGAGUGAUGACUCGGAACUGCCGGACAAGGUUUUAAAAAGACCCAAGAGAGGCUUCACUUACCCUGGGACGCUGUGGUGUGGAGCUGGAAACAUGGCUGAUCAUUAUGACCAACUUGGAGAAUUUGCGAAGACCGACAGCUGCUGCCGUAUUCAUGACCACUGUCCUCACGUCAUCCACGCCUUCUCCUCUAAUUACGGCCACACCAAUUUCAAGUGGCACUCCAUCUGCCAUUGUGCCUGUGAUGAUGCGUUGAAAGAUUGCCUGAGGAAAGUCAACGACACAUCUUCCAGGGUAGUUGGUCAAGCGUUCUUCAACGUCAUUGGUGUGCCUUGCUUUGAGCUUGCAUAUGAAGAUCAGUGUGCAGAGCGGCACUGGUACGGCGUGUGUAAACGUUAUGAGAAGUUUCCCAUUGCUGUGCUGAGAGAGGCCGUCCCGUACGACUUUGGCGGGAUCGAGGCCAUUGAUGCGCUGCCGUUGCCUCCUUCCGAAAAGAAGGAGGACUCUGAGAAGAGCAAAGACGAUGUGAAACCCGAGAGUACAACACAGUCUACAAUGUCGGGCCCCGAAGAGCCUUCUCUAAGAAACGUUGUCACCGCCGCCGAGGACUUCAUCAAGGUCCUCGCUACCGUCUCCACCUCUCAAAGCUCCACUACUGACUCCACUAAAAGCGAGUCCCAAAGUUCAGAGAAGAAGAAGAGGAAGAACACAGGACGGAAGAAGAAAACCAACAAAAAGCCAAAGGGAAAGGGGAGGAAGAGAAAGCAGAAGACAGAAGAAGGGGCUGCAGUUUCACCCUCUGGCAGCAAAGCUGAAGAAGUCAUCGCUCUAAGUAACGCCAUGGUGGAGCCACACCAACACCAGCAGUCAAGUAGAAACACAAACACAAUUGUUGACAGAGAAUAUAAGAUGAAAGAAAAAGAAGAGCCUUUUAAGGAAGUCAUGAAAGAUAAACCUUCAAUAGAUAAGGAGAUAGUUUCCUUUACGUCACCUACAAUAGUCCAGAGGAAACCAGCAGAGUCCUCAGACGAAACCAUUCCGUCUUCACCAAUAACUGCUGGUACACAUAAAAGACACAGCAAAAAGCACACAAAGGGAAGAAAAAAGAAGAGCAAGAACAUCUCUCUUUCUCCUUCUACAGAGGUGGAAACGAACACAACAGACAACGUAGGAGUUGUUUUUCCCCCCACCGUCACCACCAAAACCCAAACAGCCCGGCCGGAGCAACAAAGCCCUGUUGUCAGCACUGCCAGUACCCCCAUUAGAAUCCCCAAUGUCAAAAGGAACAGGUCAAAGGAGAGAGGAGACAGAGCGGGGAGGAAGAAAAGGAGGAAACUCAACUCUGGUUCCUCCAUUGUGGCCCCUACCCAAGAAAAUUCCUCCACGGACAAUCUGAAAGUGAUCCUUCUCACUGGGGCUCCCACCGUGCCGUCGCUGUCCUCCGCAGACAGAAAGGUUUCAGAAAGGAUGGAUGUUUACGCGAGUAAGACGACCGUCCGAGGUACGCCUGCGACUAUUAGUGUUCGGAAAAGCCAAAAGCUGAAAGGACCGAGAAGCAGAAGGAGGAAAACGGUUGCUCCUCUUUUGAGUGAAAAUCCACUUUUUCCCAAUGGCUCUGAAAAUGUGAUUCCUAUUGUCACCACUCAAGAGAAGAGUGAGGCACUGAAACGCCCUCGCAGCCCUUCUGCAGGGAGAACACACGGUCAGAGCGAACGGAUGCUUUUGACCGCCGUCACGGCAACCCCUCCUGUCGUUACAGAGCGACACGGGCAGACAAGCCAACAGCAGAGAAGACCACACAUGAAAGCCACGGUUGCAUUACUCCCAGAUGGAGCAUCUAUUCCCAAACAAACUGAACACACAGCAGUGACUCUUACACCCACGCCACCUAAAGUUGCAACCACGGAGGAGCUUGACCUACCGAUCAAGGACAAAACGCACGGGACCAGCUCAGCAACUCCCAUCAUGAGUCCGAUGCAGUUAUCGAUCGAUAGAGCCAAAGCCCAAUUCACCAGGAAGAAGAGGAGGAAAGCCGCUCUGUCUCUCAGACAACAGUGAGCCAUGUGCUGCACCUAGAAAGGCUGGAAGUAAACUUAGGCUUUAGCUCCUGUCGAUCACGCCUACAUACAAAAUGUGAUAAAAAGGUAUUAAUCUUUUGUGCUUCAGCAUUUCAAUCGUCGAAAUGGAAAGAUGCUCGAUUGUAAUGCGAGAAUCGUGUUUUCUGCAUGUCUAUAAUAAAAUUUCCAAAUGAUUAGCUUAGCCCAUGUUCAUAUUUAAUGAUGGAAUAAACAAAAUAAACAAAGCUAGCUGUUUCUUUCUUCUGUGGG